AUGGAUCACACGCGCGACCCCUGCCCUUGGGUUAUCCUGAACGAUUUUGGUGGUGCUUUCGCCAUGGGAGCGAUUGGUGGAACACUCUGGCAUGGUAUCAAGGGCUUCCGCAACUCACCGUACGGAGAACGCCGCAUUGGUGCCAUCUCUGCGAUUAAGAUGCGCGCACCUGUUUUGGGCGGCAACUUCGGCGUAUGGGGAGGCCUCAGCACGUUCGACUGCGCCGUGAAGGGAAUUAGGCAAAAAGAAGAUCCAUACAACGCCAUCAUCGCCGGAUUCUUCACAGGAGGAAGUUUAGCCAUCCGAGGUGGAUAUAAGGCUGCCAGGAAUGGUGCCAUCGGAUGCGCAGUUCUCUUGGCUGUCAUCGAGGGUGUCGGUAUCGGAUUCCAGAAGAUGUUUGCGGGCUCGACCAAGUUGGAGGCCUCAAAGAUGCCCCAGCCUCCUCCGUCAGACGGCGCCAUGGUCUAA